GUGAAAGACGCGACAUCUUGUUGUCGUACCCCUGUAUCCCGUGAACCAAAUGCAGGAAACGCACGGGGUCUUGAAUUCGGAGCUGGCGGAGAAGGAUUUCGAGGUGGUUUGGCCACAGUCAAACGCGCAGGGAAGCGACAGUGACGCAGUAGUCUCCCGAGGCCUACCAAUUAGAAGGAAGAGUCGUUUAUUCGAAACUAUGGUCGAAACCAGCAUGUAGAAGCCAAGGUCAAAGAGCUUGUCAAAAGCCAGUCCUGCAAUAAGUUAAACCUAAAG